GUUAUAACCUCAGCUGAGUCCGCAAAAGUGCUCAGCCUCGCAUGCAGGUUUGAGCAGGUGCCUCCCGACCAUUGGGCAUCGAAAGCUUGACUUCCAGUCCCUGCCCGUGGACUUUGUUUUGACGAUCUUGUUGUCUUCAAACCCCUUCUCCGGGAAAAGAAGGCUCGAUGAGAACACGACUCAAUCCGGUUGUUUAUUUUCGAGCCCGCAGAGAGUCCCGAAGCAGAGCUGUGCGGACAGCUGGUUUCCACCACCAUCCGAGAAUGCGAGACGGACAUCUACAAAGGGUAUAUCGCCAUCUCGUACGUGUGGGGCGAUCAGUCCCCUACGGCCUCCACCAAGCUCAAUGGCGAGUCUUUCGCCCUGAUAACCUCCCUCAACGCUGCUCUCAGAGGGGUCCGCCACGCGAGGGUCGCCUGCCGCGUGUGGGCGGAUGCCAUCUGCAUCAACCAGCGAGACAUCCAUCGCAGAGCGCAACCAGCAGGUCCGCCGGAUGGGGUCCAUCUACUCACUCGCCGACCACACGGUAAUCCACUUUGGUCCCCUCACGCCCGGCGCCGAGUGGGUGCUGCGCAACGCCGACGCCGGUCAUUGGCCCUCCUACCCCGGACGAGACGGGGACA